AUGAACCUCCCUGACACCCUGGCUGACUGGCCGUGGCCGCGACAGUUCAACCCCUAUACCGAGGAGGCUACAAUCGAGUCAAACAUAUGGUUCAAGUCUCUUGGGAUAUACUCCCCGGAGUCCCAGAAAGUAUGGAAUAAAUGCCAUUAUGGACUGCUAUGCGGCUUAGCCUAUCCGGACGUCUCCAAAGGUGGAGUCACCUUUCGCGGACACAGAGCGUUUGACUGUGUGGACUUACCUACUUCCUCGUCAUUAGAUGAUGUACGGGCAGGCAUCGACUUGAUGCAAGCCCUGUUCACUCUAGAUGAGUUCACCGACGUCGCCCCGGCACCAAUGGUCAGGGAAAUUGCCACUGUGGUGAUGGAUGCACUGUGCAACCCCGACACACCUCGUCCUGCUGGAGAAAUAAUUCUAGGGGAGAUGAUGAGUCAAUUCGCGGCUUGUGUCUUUCACACCGCAACUCCCGAGGCCAACAAGCACUUUCUGACGUCUAUGGAAGUUCUGAUGAACUCGUUCGUCGCGGAGGCAGAAGACCGGGAUAACCACACUAUCCGCUCGAUCGAGAGCUACUUCGAGCUGCGAAGGGGUACCAUCGGCAUGGGCCCCUCGUAUUUCAUAGGCGAGUUGCAUUUGUCCAUCCCGGACGAGGCACUAUACCAUCCCGUCGUGCGUGAACUGGAGUACCUCGCUGCCGACAUGAUCGCCUUGGACAACGACAUCGCUUCAUACAACAGAGAGCAAGGGACGGGAAACGACCAGCAUAACAUCAUCACAGUCGUCAUACACCAUCUCGGCCUCAACCUCGACAGCGCCGUCGAGUGGGCGGCGGACUACCACAAGGACGCCCAGAGGCGCUUCUCCGAUACCAUGAAGCUCGUCCCCUCCUUCGGGCCCGCCGUCGACCGGGACUUGGAUACGUAUAUACAGCGGAUCGCCAUGUGGGUUCGAGGUAACUACUGCUGGCUCUUCGAGGGCGGACGGUACUUCGGGAGCCGUGGUGCGGAGUACCAGAAGACGCGCAGGGUCCCACUCCUUCCCAAGCGGAAGCGCAACUCCGGCGAACCAACUGUGACGGUGGAAGUAGCUUCAAUAGACGAGCUGGGGUGGGCUGCGGUAGGGUUGGAUGGCUGA